CAUAUGGAGCAUCCCUGAUUUUUCAAUAAUGGUCAUUGGCCUGCAGUACAGUGGUUGGAUUUUUAUUUUAGCCAAACGAGUUCAACAUAUUCGGCUCCAAAUAAGUGAAAAAUUUGGUAAUACCAGUAAAAUCAUAGCAGGGCAUCCAAUCACAUUUUCCGCUGUCGACAACGCUACCCUUUUGCGCAUCAUGACUAAUUUGCCAGAGGUUCUUCUCACCAUCCAGCGCUACCGUUUCCAAAUUUGCAAAAUCUAUGGCGGGCAAAUGGCACUAAUUUACGCCGAUCAAUUGAUUUGUUCAACCGGACGUCUUCAUUUCUUUAUCGUGAUGAUCAAUAGUUUGACUAUCAAAAAUUUCGACACAAAAAAAGUUUUAAAGUUAAUAACUUACAUUUUGCUUCUAACAUUGUCGGGAAUACAGUUGAGUACGUCAAUGUGGACUGGUAGCUUCGCUAGAUCUGAAUGGAACAAAAUGGCUUUUCGUCUCCAAGAAAUUUCGUUCAAAUGCAAAAACCAUGAAAUUCAAAGGGCCGUAGAGAAAAAUCUGGAGAUAUUGCAUCAGAAUCGACUGGAGUUUCACGCAGGAGAUUUUUUCAAACUGGAAUUGCAAAUUGCAACAGGUAUAUUAUCUUCUAUUGCAACGUAUUUGGUGAUCUUGCUGCAGUUUCAGAUCUACCCAGAUGAAGGCGAUAAUUCGGAUUUGACUGACGAUCUACUUGUCUUCGGUAGUAACGCAUAUUAAUGCCAAAAAUCUG